CAGAAAUAGUCCCCUGAAGAAACACAAGUGUUAAUUCGCGUAGGUCCAGUAGGCGGGUAAAGAGAUGGUUAUGCAACGCAACAAUGGCAGGCAAUUUGGAUAAUUUGGGCCGGCCAGCGACAAGGAUGUGCUUCAUAUAGCGCGCGGGCAGCAAACGAAAUCAUUUAAUUUCCGGGCGGGCGCGACAUAAUCGCGAGCACUGAAUGCCAGGCGAGCCGCAUUCAGUUGUCCCGACGACCUUCUCCGGGCAAGAAGAACUUGCGGGUGUACGGUGCGUGCACGCAGUACGCACUUUUAUUUGCGCGUGUGAUACGACGAAAAGUGCGCGCACAAAAAAACUUUGGAAACUUUAGAUUUUACAGCAAAAAUGCCGCAAAAUAACAGCAUCAAGAAUCGGCAGGGGUCCGUGGUGGAGAAGCAGGAGGACCUGUUGCACAUGCAAACUUCUUACUACAUCAAACAAGAAGAUAUGAAGCUUUCGGACAAGGAGAAACUCAAAAGGUUUAUAUGGAAUCCUGUGAACAGGCAGGUCAUGGGAAGGAAUCUUACCAGUUGGUCAAAAAUUAGUUUGUUCUACAUGGUCUUCUAUGGAAUGCUGGCCGCCCUAGUAGCGAUCUGCAUGUGGGUAUUCUUCCAAACACUAGACCCACGUAUUCCAAAAUGGCAGAUGGAAGGUUCCAUAAUCGGGACCAAUCCUGGUUUGGGUUUCCGACCCAUGCCAACGGAUGACAACGCCGAGUCGACGUUGAUCUGGUUCGAAGGAUCAAACAAAACAAACUACGUAAAGUGGGUGGACAAUCUAAUGGGAUAUUUAGACAAAUACUACACUCCUGGUAAAACAGAAAAGGGUACCGCCUCAAUUCGUAGAUGCAGCUACACGCAUCCCCCGCAACGCGGUCAAGUGUGUGACUUCGAUGUGCGUCUAUGGGAAGAGUGCAGUCCUGACAAAUUCUUCAAUUACCAUCGCAACGCGCCAUGCAUCUUCCUUAAGUUAAACCGUAUCUAUGGCUGGAUUCCACAAUUCUACAACGAUCCCAAUGAUUUACCCGAAGAAAUGCCCGAUCAAUUAAAACAACACAUUCGCAGCGUAAAACCUGAGGAGAGAGACACCAUCUGGAUCAGUUGCGAGGGUGAAAACCCCGCAGACAUUGAAUACCUCGGUCCUAUUCGUUACUUCCCGAAGGUGCAAGGAUUCCCAGGAUAUUACUAUCCGUUCGAAAACACCGAGGGUUACCUCAGUCCGUUGGUAGCCGUACAAUUCGAACGACCUCUUGCCGGGAUUGUCAUAAACAUUGAGUGCAAGGCGUGGGCAAAGAACGUCAAGCACAGUCGGGCCGAUCGGACCGGUUCGGUGCACUUCGAGCUUCUCAUAGACUAAGCCCUCCGCCACCGCAUGUAUAUCAGUAUAAUCAUGGAGAAAACCGAAGAAUACAACAUAUCACACAUUCCCAGGUAAACAACACGCACAAAUCUGAAGCAAUCCGCAUGCGUGGUGCAUUGAUAAUUUAUAGAUCUGUAAGUACAUGUAGGUAGAUAGUCUUCUCGCGAGUCUUUUCGGGUACGACUCGACUUCAUUCGAAUAUUGUUUAUAUUCACCGCGCUUAAGUCCUGAAGCACCAACUCGAUUCCAGAUCUGAUUACUGUCGAUAUCAUGGAAGUAAACGUGCCUUACAAGAUGUAAACAGCGAUGGUAAUCGAAUUUUAGGGACGUAAAUGUGUUCUCUAUUUUAUUAACUAAUUUAAAAAAAAUGAAAGAAAAUGUUCUGUGUGUUUUAUUUUGUUGUUGUGUAGUUGUUAACGAAGAUGCUGUAAAUACUCUUACGAGGAAACGAGAAACGAGCUAUUUAUAUACAGGAAAAUGUAAAAACUAUGAGAUUGCUAUCGAAUACAUCGAACCGUGGAGUGUUACUUGAGUAUAUAAAGAUAUAUGGAGCAAAUUGUAUUUUUCUAGUUUAUGUAUAAAUGCAUUGAAAGUCGAGUCAAAAUAAUAAAGAAACUAUGUAGUACAA